AUGGCACCAAGGGAAACUACCUACCAUAUGGGGAUCAUUCAGCUUCUUCUGCAUUUCAGAUGGACAUGGAUUGGCCUUAUUGUAUCUGAUGAUGAUGCUGGGGAAAGUUUUGUGAAGAAAAUAACACCCUUGUUUGCCCAGAACAGUAUAUGCAUUGCCUUUUUGAAAAGGGAAAGAAUAAUUAACUUUAUUCUUAAUAAUGACGUGCAAUUGAAUUACAUUGUAAGAAUCAAGGACUUAAUACAAACACUUGUUUCAGCUGAUGCCAAUGUGAUUGUUCUCAAGGUGGAUGCAUUCUUGCUUAAUACUCUAGCACAGUUGAUGGAAGCAAAUGAAAUCAAUGUGAUGAUCAAAAUAGGAAAGGUUUGGAUCAUGCCCCUUGGGUGGUAUUUCAGCACAUUACCCAAUGGAGAACUGAUUGGCAGAAACAUUUUCUUUGGUGCCUUUUCUUUCUCAGUCCAUGCAGAUACAGUGCCAGGAUUCAGGGAAUUUCUUCAUAAUGUAAAGCUUGAUAAGACACUAAUGAUGUUCCUCUGUUUGUUCUGGCAAUUAGCACUGCUACGGUGUGAAAGGUGUAGAGAGGGGGAUUUAGAGGAUCUUCCUGCCAAGGUUUAUGAGAUGGAUAUGUCUGGUGAGAGCUUUGGUAUCUACAAUGCUGUCUAUGCUGUGGCACAUGCUUUGCAUGCCAGAUACCUUUCCAAACCAAGAACUAUGUUGCAUAAAAGCAAACUGGAGCAUGUGGAUGUCCAGCCAUGGCAGCUCCAUCCUUUCCUGGAAAACAUCCAUUUUAACAAUGGAGCUGCUCAAGAAGUCUUGUUUGAGAACAAGGAAAUGUCAAUUGGAUAUGAUAUCAUCAACUGGGUCACUUUCCCUAACCAGUCCUACCUAAAAGUCUUGGUUGGAAGUGUUUCGUCAAGUCAGAACUUCAGCAUUAUCCAAGAUGCCGUUGUGUGGAAUCAAAGAUUAAGAAUGAUGCCACCUCCUUCCAUAUGUGUUGAAAGCUGCAAUAUUGGGCACAGCAAGGUAAUUCAAGAAGGGAAACCAGCCUGUUGCUAUGACUGCUCUCCGUGCCCAGAAUACAUGAUUUCUAAUGAGAAAGAUGCAGUUCAUUGUAUCAUGUGCCCAGAAUAUCACUAUCCAAAUGAGAACCAUGACCAGUGUAUUCCUAAGGUUAUAUCUUUCCUAUCCUAUCAAGAGCCCUUGGGGAUUGUUUUGGUUAGUGUUGCUCUUUCCUUUGCUGUGAUCACUUGUUUUGUGACACAAACCUUCCUAAAGAAUUGGAACACGCCCAUUGUCAAAGCCAACAACCAGAACCUCAGUUGUGUUCUUCUCAUUUCCAUCCUGUUAUGCUAUCUUUCUUGUUUGCUCUUUAUUGGCAAACCUGGGAAGGUGUCCUGCCUUCUCCGACAAAUGACUUUUGGCAUCAUUUUCUCUGUGGCUGUUUCUUGCGUGUUGGCAAAAACAAUCCUUGUGAUCCUGGCCUUCUUGGCCACAAAGCCAGGCAACAGAAUCAGGACAUGGCUGGGCCAAAAAGUGGCUAUUUCCAUUGUUCUUUCUUGCUCCCUCAAACAAGUCUGUAUUUGUAUUGCAUGGUUGUUGACCUCUCCACCAUUCCCAGAUGUUGACAUGCACUCACAGACUGGGAAGAUCAUACUGGAAUGCAAUGAAGGUUCCAUCACCAUGUUCUACUGUGUCUUGGGCUACAUUGGCUUCCUGGCCCUCUUCAGCUUCAUUGUAGCUUUCUUAGCCAGAAGCUUGCCAGACACCUUCAAUGAAGCCAAGUUUAUCACCUUCAGCAUGUUGGUGUUUUGCAGUGUUUGGAUCUCAUUUAUUCCUGGUUAUCUGAGCACCAAGGGGAAACACAUUGUGGCUGUGGAGCUUUUUGCUAUCUUGGCCUCCAAUACCGGGCUGUUGGCUUGCAUUUUCUUCCCCAAGUGUUACGUCAUUGUUUUCAGGGCUGAGCUCAAUACCAAGAAGCUGCUAACCAAGAAAAGGAAUAAUUGA